GAUCUUGUCUCUUUAGUUGUGGAGGAGGAGUCUUGGAAAUGUGAGAAGAAUUCAGGCCUCUGCUUCCCAGUUCCUGUCCCUCAUCCUGUGAUCCUGGAGGUUGGCUGUGGCUCUGGAGCAGUUGCUCUGAGUCUGUUGUGCAAACUCCCACAGAGCCGAGUGAUAGCCACGGACAAAGAGGAGGCUGCUGUGGUUCUCACCAGGGAGAAUGCACAUAGGCUGCAACUCCAGGAGAGGAUCUGCAUCCUCCACCAUGAUGUUUCAUACAGUUCUGUCAAGCAGCUGCUACUCUGGGGCCCCGUAGACUUCAUAGUCAGUAACCCCCCAUAUGUCUUCCAUGAAGACAUGGCUUCCUUGGACACAGAAAUCCUCUGCUACGAGGACCUUGACGCGCUGGAUGGGGGACAUGAUGGGAUGAGAGUAAUCAAAACAAUUCUGGCUCUGGCUCCUUCUCUUCUGAAGGAUUCUGGGAGUGUGUUUCUGGAAGUGGAUCCCAGACACCCAAAUAUGGUGGAGAAGUGGCUACAGGCACACCCCAACUUACUACUCGUUCUCCGUGCUGUUCACAAGGACUUUUGUGGCAAACCUAGGUUUCUGCAUAUCCAAAAACAAAGCAGAUGA